AUGGCAAAGGGGAGGAAGCCUCCCAAGUUUUACCGGCUGCCCCAGCUGCGAAUUGUCCUACUUGGGGAGAGAGGGGCCGGUAAGAGCUCAGCUGGCAAUGUCAUCCUGGGCCGAGAGGAGUUUGAGUGUGGGAGAGAGACGCAGGUGUGCGUGCGGAAGAGAGCCGAGAAGGAUGGGAGGCAGGUCAGCGUGGUGGACACGCCCGGGUGGGACGGCUCCACACUGGACGUCCCUGAGAGCCUCCAUGGAGAGCUGGUGCGCAGCAUGACGAUGUGUCCCUCCGGACCGCAUGCCAUCCUGCUGGUCAUCCCAGCCACGUGGAGCCUGUUCACAGAGACGCAGAAACGGGCCGCUGAGGGCUGUCUGAGGCUCUUCGGGGAGAGGAUUUGGAGCCACGCCCUAGUGCUCUUUACUAAGGGGGGCAAGAUUGGCAGGGAGGCCCUGGAGGAGCAGGUGAAGGGGAGGGGGGCCCACCUUCAGGGGCUGCUGGAGCGGUGCGGGGGCCGAUGUCACUUCCUGUCUGACAGGAAGCCAUGGCGGGAGGACCAGGUCACAGAGCUGCUGGACAGGAUUGACGAGAUGACGGUGGCCAAUGACGGCUGGCACUUCAGGAUUGACCCUUCUCCCGGAGCAGAGAGGGACCCAGGGAGGCCCGCAGGUGAGGGCAGGCUGAGGGAGAGGCUGGGGGAGAUGGAGAGGGAGAUGGAGGAGAUGAGGUGGAGGUGCGAGCAGAAGGUGAAGGAGAAGGAAGAGGAGUUGAAACGUGACUUUGAAGAGACAUGGAGGAGAAGAGAAAGGGAGCUGAGAGAGGAGAUGGGAAAAGGAGGAGAGGAGAGGGGGCUGACGAGAGAGAGAGAGGCCAGAAAGGAGCCCCCCCACGUGAUCUGGAGAGAAGGCCCAGCAGAGAAGCCACUAGGGGGAGCCGGUGAUCUGCUCACCCCAGUGCAGAAGCGGCCAGGAGGCCCCAGGGCUGGGGAGUGCCGAGCCGGGGACACGGGGAGGGGAUUUCGCCCCUCGACCUGCAGCCUUGGCCGCUAUGGUGGACUUGCAGUGGUGGCCCUGGGAGUCGGAGUGGGGGCCGUAGUGGGGGUCAUCGCCGGGGCCCUGAAGGGCAUGGCCAGGGGGGCUGCAGUGGGGGCAGUCAUUGGUGGAGUAACUGGGGGUCAGGUGGUCACAUUUCUCAGGACGAGGCUGGGAGUGUGGGAAGUGAGGGAUACAUAGGAAAUAGGUUACAGCCUCUGAACGCACGUCAGACGUUUUGCUGACAAAGCGUACAGGUGGAUGGAUUUCCGGUGCAUUCCGUACCCUAAAGUCACGCUAGUUACAUACACAUAAAUCAAAACAUCGAGAAAAACCCUUCUA